AUGACCACUAUGGAGAAAAAAGAAAACGACGGAGUCACUCAAGAAGACAGUGUCAUUGUUACCGUUGCUUUGGACAGUUCUGAAACGGGAGCGUUUCUUGCAAUAGAUGAAACCAGAGAACAAGUUGGAUCGAGUGCGCAAGAACCUCAAGAAUCAAAUGCGGCUGUUGAUAAUGAAGCGAUUGUUGCUGUCAGCACCAAACGUCAAAAGAAACGUGUUUGGUGCUCAGACGAGCAACUGAAAUAUCUCUGUAAAUGUUUCAAUGAAACUCCUUCACCGUCGAUGGAACACCGUCAACGUAUUGCCGAAAAGAUAAACAUGGAUUUGGAAAAAGUUUCGCGGUGGUUCAGAUACAGACGGGGUGGAAAGAACAGGGCAGAUUCAGAAACUAUUUCAUCUGCACCUGAGGGACAGAAAGAAGACAGCUUCACAUCGGACGAGCUUUGGAUGCUCAAUGCUCAUUACGAAAAGGACAAAUAUCCAUAUCGAUCCACUAUUGAAAUAAUCGUCAAACUAUUAAAGUGUUCUUACAAUAAAGUUUACAAUUGGUUUAGAAAUCAAAGACGCAAGGAUAAAAAGAACGGAAUUGUUUUAUCACCGAAACCAAAUGAGAAAACGAAAAGAACGAUCUGCGAUAAGUUAUCGACGUCAUCUGCUGCUGAGGAAAAGAAAAGAAGAGAAAACGGGUCUAGCCCAGAUAAUAGUUUCGAAAGUCUCCAUUCGAGAAUCAUAUUCCGGAUGAAAAAGUUAUUGGUGAAGCUCCAUGCAAAGUUAUUGGAACAGCUCGAUGAAAAGUUAUUGGAGCAGCAAAGAAAAGAACACAAAGAAUUGAGUGAUGUUAUGGAUAACGCCAAAACUCAGACCAGUAGUCUGGAACUGAUGAAAGUUGUCUUUGAAGGAUUAAAAGGCAAAAAAGGAGAAUCGUUUGCGGAGACCGUCAUGGAUUGCGAGGCCUUCUUCAAAAAAGGAGGAUUAUGCUGUGGCAAAUACUUCGAUUGUGACCCAAUUCAAACGUGCGCUACAUGUGGCGAUCAAUUCCAUCCAGUAUGCAGAGAUUUAGGACGGAGAAGCAAUGGUGGAGAGAAUCAGUGUCCCUGUCGUAUUCGUCAAGCCAUGUUGUUCAAGUAUCGCUCCACGGACAUACCACUGGAUCCAUGCGCGACAUUCCUCGAAAAAUGUGUCAAGAACUGGGUGCACACCAAUAGGAAAAUCGCGAUCCGUGUGACGACCGCAGAAAACAUGGAGGCGGAUUUCGGUGAGGACUUUGAAGCAUUCUAUGCAAAAAUGAAAAAGAAUCUUCCCGUUCAAAAAAUACGGAACAAGAUGAUAUUUGUUUUCACCGAUGAUGAUGGAGAUGAAAUAUUGUUCUUCGCCAUGCUGGCAAAUGAAUAUAAAGAUGCAGCAAAAUCCGAUUUGAUGACGAUCCGGUACCUCGAUAGUGUCAGUUUCAUAAAUGACGGAGACCUGCGCACUAAUGUGUACAACUCUGUCGUUUUGGGCUACAUGGGGUACACGGCUUCAAUUGGGUACAAGAAGUCCCAUUUCUGGGCUUGCCCACCAGACCCAAAGGAUUCUUAUUUGUUCCGUGGACGUCCCGCGUGGCAGCCGGUUCCUACGGAAAAAAGGCUCAUUAAGUGGUACACGACACUUUUGGGUCUUGGAAAGACAAGAGGUGUCGUCGCCGAAUACGGAAGAGACUACGAAGGACCACAAGAGAAAAAACUGUUCAAACAGAUUGAACACAUGAUUUGUGACGGCGGUUAUUGGAAUGAAAUAAUAGGAAAGAAGUUGUUCAUUGAGACAUACGGUGGCAGCCAACCAAUACAACAACACGUGCUGAGUGAUUUGAGAGCAGAGAUGAAAUUAAAAGACAAGCCAAUUUUCUACAUUGAUUUAAUUUCAAGAAUCAUGAUCGCUAUAGAGGAGCUGCCAUCGAUAACUAGUGAACUCACGAAAACCCGCGAUACCUGGAAAAAGUUUUUAGAGGACAAUGAAUUGGAUUUCACGUAUCGUGAGACGGCAAAAAAAUGCCUGUUUCAGAAGUAUCACGCAUUCUCCCCAUUAGCAUCACUCUUCCAUGUCCGUCUUUCAAUACUCUGUCUUCAUUUUCUUCAUCUAACAUUAAGUCCAGGCAUUCGUCUUCUUCACUUUCCUCGCCCUUUGAAGUACUUUGUCCCUGUCUUCCUCCAACUGCUGUCACCAACCAUUUGUCAUCGUCUUCCAUUCCCAGCCUUCAAAUCGGUUCUGUAUUUUUUGAAUCCCGUCUCACUUCCAUCACUUCCAUUCCCGUUUUUGUUGUGA